AUGGAUGAGGUUCGCAAUCGGUAUUCUGCGGAGCCGAACGGCGUUCUGAAUAGUCUCGAUCCGCAGCGUUUCUCGUCCCAGAUCCCAGCUCCAAUCAACGGUCGCAGACGAAACAGUACAGCCUCUGCAAUAGGAGGCGCCGGUUUGACGGAUAUAAUAAACAAAAGUCUGGCCAAAACCAAGCCCGAAAUUACGCGAAGACCUUACACGGACUCUCGAAAGAGUUUACUAUCUGACUCGCGAAAAACGCUACGAUCUUCACAGCGGACCUCUCUCUUACCAGGUACCAGCAACAUCACCAAUAACAGUAGUGGAACGACCAGCAAUACAAGUAACAAGGAUCCCCGACCGCUGAGAGACAAAAAUUUCCAAACCAUAAUCCAACAGGAAAUCUACGAUUAUCUGCACGCCCAGAAGUUUGACGUUCAAGCGAAUCAUCCCAUAUCUCUCAAGUCCUUACGACAGCCAACUCAAAAGGAUUUUGUCUUUAUGUUCAGGUGGCUCUAUCAGAGAAUGGACCCCGGAUACAAAUUCAGCAGAUCUAUUGAGCAUGAAGUUUAUGUCAUCCUAAGAACGAUACAGUACCCGUACCUCGAAACUAUCAACAAGUCCCAAAUCUCGGCUGUGGGGGGUUCAAGCUGGCCCAAGUUUCUCGGAAUGCUUCAUUGGCUCGUCAAUACUAACAAACGACUGGACGCGUACUUGCAAAAAGUUGAUCUCUCCUUAAACAGUCAGAACACUCAAGAUAUAACCGUUUUACGGCAACCAAUAGGAACCUUAGAUGAACAAGAAGAUAAACAGGAAAAAUAUGAACUUAUUGUAGAACGUUUGUUCAUUGAUUAUAUUGUUCAGGCUUACAAAAGCUUCCUGCGAUUGGAUGAUGAUUAUGAUGACUACAUGAAAGAGUUAAUCAUCGGCUUUGAAAGGUUUGCACAGGUCAUUAGAAAUGACAUAAGUAACAUAGCGAUGAGCAAUAAUGAUUUAUCGGUCAAGUAUGAGGAACUAAUGGAAAAGGGACAGGAGGUCAAGGUGGCUAAGGAUAAAUUCACGGCCUUGCAAAGUGAUUUAACCAAGUUUCAAAACUAUGUGAGUGCCAUGCAGCAUAAAAGCCAGGAGUGGCCCCGAAAGCUGGAAAAGAUGGAGACCGAAAGGGAAUCGAAGGAUCGCCAGUUAAAGCAGACCGAAAUCGAGAUAAACGAACUGCGAAAUUUGAUCAAAAGUAAAGAUAUGGAAAUUCCCGAAAUUGACAAGCUCAAUACUGAACGCGAAAAGCUUUCCAAGACCCUAGAAAUCGUGUCAGAUCAAGUGGAUCAAGCGGUAAGUGCUCUAAAAGGGCAAAGAAUGGAAACUGAAGGAGCCUACAGAACUUUGGUUGAAGUUGCCGGACAAUAUGGAAACGCUAGCGAGAGCUUGAUAUUAGCACGCUCUUCUAUCGGGCAUCAAAUAAAUCUGGACCAAAAAAACAUCUCUCUGCCUCAGGGCAUCAUACAAAAUUAUGAUGCCAGACAAGAUGAUAUCGAAUUCCAGAUACCUGGUGGGGUAAGUGUUCGGGAAACCAUAAAGCCAACUUUACUAGAACUAAACGAAAUCAUACAACAGCGUGUUCAGGGCCUUCAGCAAGACAACGCUGCCGGCGACUUACGGCUGGAGCAUCUGAGACAAGAGAUUAGCGAAAAGACAAGAUCAUUGGAAUUAUUAGAGCAUGAACUAUCUUCUGCUAAAUCUCACUAUGAUGAGUUUAAGCAAGAAAGUCACAGUCGAUUGCUCUCUCAGCGCAUUGAAAUAGAGAAGAUGGAAAGAAGGCUUCAAAACGUCAAAUAUUCAUCUCACCAAAGAAUUGCAGAAGCAGAGCAGCAAGUUCAAAAUAGCAAGCUGCAGUACGAAGAGUUGAAAUUAUCUGUUAACCGGGAAAGAAAUGUUUUACAUGCCAAAGUGAUUCAUUUGAUUGACUACGUUAGCAAUUUUAAAAUCAAUGUCCAAUCAUCGGUUGAGGACUUGGAACUUCUGACGGCAGAAGAACUCGAAAAGGUUAAAUAG